CAGGAGCGGAGGUGUUUUGUCCUUUGGGGGGUUCCGUAGCUAGACAGCUCCGAGCAAAGGAAGAGGAAGCUGUGAGCAGGUCGCUGUGUGAGCAUGGACACGCUGCUCGUAUGCGGGUGACAGAAACGCCUUCUCUGCCAUCAUGGCAACAUCAUCUGAAGAAGUCUUAUUGAUCGUUAAAAAGGUGCGCCAGAAAAAACAAGAUGGCGCUCUUUACCUCAUGGCCGAGCGCAUUGCCUGGGCACCAGAGGGCAAGGACAGGUUCACAGUCAGCCACAUGUACGCAGACAUAAAAUGUCAGAAAAUCAGCCCAGAUGGCAAAGCUAAAGUACAACUUCAGCUUGUUCUCCACGCAGGAGACUCCACCAACUUCCACUUCUCUAACGAAAGCACAGCAAUAAAAGAGCGAGACGCGGUCAAGGAGUUGCUGCAGCAGCUGCUCCCCAAGUUUAAGCGGAAAGCCAAUAAAGAGCUGGAAGAAAAGAACAGAAUGCUGAAAGAAGAUCCUGUCUUAUUCCAGCUCUACAAGGACCUUGUAGUGAGUCAGGUGAUCAGUGCUGAAGAGUUCUGGGCCAAUCGGCUAAGUUUAAAUUCUUUGGACUCUGCGUCUUCUAACAGCAAGCAAGACGUGGGCAUUUCGGCUGCUUUCUUGGCCGAUGUUCGUCCUCAAACAGAUGGAUGCAAUGGUUUGCGUUACAAUUUGACUUCCGAUAUCAUAGAAUCAAUAUUCAGGACAUAUCCAGCUGUGAAACUAAAAUACGCAGAGAACGUUCCACAUAACAUGACGGAAAAAGAGUUUUGGACUCGAUUUUUUCAGUCACAUUAUUUUCACCGGGACAGGCUAAACACUGGAUCAAAAGAUUUGUUUGCAGAGUGUGCCAAACUGGAUGACAAAGGUUUAAAGUCGAUGGUCUCUCAAGGGGUGAGAAAUCCGAUGUUAGAUUUGUUGGCUCUGGAAGACAAAUGCUUGGAUGAGGGUUAUGGAAUUUCACCUGUGCCAUCUAUGUCCAACGCAAAAUCUGUGAAGGAGAACAGCAAUGCCGCCAUUAUUAAGAGAUUCAAUCAUCACAGUGCCAUGGUGCUGGCUGCCGGGCUCAGAAAAGAGGAAGCACAAAAUGACCAACAGAGUGAGACAAGUAGCACAGAUGGGAACUCCAGGGACUCUGACUUCUUUCAGCCGCCAAUAAAAAAGGUGAAGUUGCAGGAGUCUAUUGAAUAUGAAGAUUUAGGUCAGAAUAAUGGCGUGAAAACUAUUGCACUGAAUCUUAAAAAAUCUGAUAGGUAUUAUCAUGGCCCAACGCCAAUCCAAUCCCAGCAAUAUGCAACAAGUCAGGAUAUUAUUAAUUCUUUUCAUAGUAUUAAACAACAAAUGGAAAACUAUUCACCAACGUUAACUCAGGUUCUUUCAAGUGGUGCUGCUAGUAGUACGAUCUCUGCUCUGUCUCUAGGAGGUGCUUUGAUGCAGGGUGGGACACAGCAAGCCAUAAACCAGAUGGUGCCAAAUGACAUCCAAUCUGAACUGAAACACUUAUACGUGGCAGUGGGUGAGCUGCUCCGACACUUCUGGUCCUGCUUUCCUGUGAACACCCCUUUCUUAGAAGAAAAGGUUGUUAAAAUGAAGAGUAAUCUGGAAAGGUUUCAGGUCACAAAACUCUGCCCAUUCCAAGAGCGAAUCCGGAAGCAGUAUUUAAGCACAAAUCUCACAGGGCAUCUAGAAGAAAUGCUGCAGACAGCCUACACUAAGUUUCACACAUGGCAGUCACGACGUAUGUUGAAGAAAACGUGAGGGUUCAUCUAUGACCCUUUAAAAAAAGAAAAACAAGAAAAAAAAGGUCCUGCAAUACACGUUUGGGCAAGAAAACCAGGAAGAUGUGAAGAGGAUACAGGUUAUGUAUGGUGAGCAGCACCACAGUCUCCUGGAAUUGACCUGGCGGAGAAGCUUAUCUUGGCAGGAGAAGACUACACUUCAAAACAGAUGAAUAACAGAGGAACUAAAAGAAAAGAAGUAACCGCGUCAGACACUGAUUACUGCAGUCACUCAGGAACUGCUGACAUAUUUUUUAUGAAAAUGCUUGUAAAUGCUAAGAAAAACUCAAGCAAAGUGUAUAUCUAGAAAAACAAAUUUGUGUUUCUUUUAGUUUUUUUCUUUUAAAGAUUUGCAGCACAGGGUAUUUUUUUUUUUCCUACGUCUGUUCCAUGUUUGUUCAGAUGACAGCUCAUCCUGUUAAAUAUUUAAGGUUUUAUAGAAAAAAAAGUAAUGACUUCACUUUAGAGAUUGUCAGCUGUAGAAACUACUACUGCUAUUUUUUUGUGAACUCUGUAAUUCCCAAAGAAAUAUGAACUGUUUGCACUGAUAACAUAGUGAAUUUUCUAUUGGCUUGUUAAGCCGUCACUACAGAAUAUAGGUGCUUUUAUAUAAAACCUCUCUGUACUAUGAAAAGGUUAAAAAAUAUGAAGAUCUGCAAAUCUGUACAAUUUACCCUUCUAUAUACACAAAUAAUCAAAUGAACUCUCCUCUCCCCAAAUGACUGUCAGGCAUUAUUCUGUGAUUUGAUGAAAAUGAGAAAUCGACAGUCUGCAAAAGGAAGGGGAAAAAAUGGAUACAUUUAAUAAGUUAUGUGCCAUAAACUCCGUACAGAAAAUGAGAAUAAUUUGUAUGACCUGAGAAAAAGUAAAGAUAUUUUAUAGAUAUGAGAUAAUUCACAUCUUUUGUCUUUUUUGGAAAACCUUGUCAUAAUCUAUGCAGAUAUAAAUGACACUGGGACGUGUUUUUCCAGCUAUUUUAUUAGAAUUACUUGACAUGAAAAAGUCAGAAUGUUGUAUCUUCUGUUGUACUUUUUUCACAAAUGUGCUACGUCUGUUUUUUAUUGGUGUGAAUGGUCCUGAAAAGGAGAAUGUUAACUGCAAAGAGCUGUGUUAACUGUAUAGUUUCUGGAGUGUAUUAUUAUUUUAAUUGCAAUUAAGCUAAUAAUUACCAAACUGACUUUAAAACCAUUCUCACAGAUGUUUUUUUUUCUUUCUUUUUUUUUUUUUUAUAAUAAAACAAAUAAAAAGGAGGAUCCUAAAAAUCACAA